AUUUACUUUAAAAGUAUAAGAAAAUCAAGUGCACAAAUAAAUCAGUAGACUGAAAGAAGAAAAAUAAAGAAAAAAAGAAAAAACGGUCUGUAGUGAUAGUAGUAGUGAAAGAAAGAAAAGGAGCAAAAAAAAAGAAGAAAAAUUCAAGUGCUGUGAAGUGUGUUUGUCACACAAACAUACAUAUAAAGUGAAAUUUUUGUGCAGAUUUUUGCGUGUUUUAAUUUGCACAGCAAAUUCGUAUAUAUAUAUAUUUUUUAAAUUUAUUUUUAAGCACAUAGUACUUUAAUAUAAAGGAAGGAAAACCAGGAAAAUGGGAAAUGAAACUUCUUUGCCUAUGGAGAUGUGCUCCAAUUUCGAUGCCGAUGAGAUACGACGCUUGGGUAAACGUUUUCGUAAGCUCGAUUUAGAUAAUUCGGGUGCCUUGAGUGUCGAUGAGUUUAUGUCAUUGCCUGAAUUGCAACAGAAUCCUUUGGUGCAGCGUGUAAUCGAUAUAUUCGAUGCGGACGGUAAUGGUGAAGUUGAUUUCAAAGAAUUCAUUCAAGGCGUUUCACAGUUUAGUGUCAAAGGCGAUAAAUUGUCAAAAUUACGUUUUGCGUUUCGUAUUUACGAUAUGGAUAACGAUGGCUAUAUCUCCAAUGGUGAAUUGUUUCAGGUGUUAAAAAUGAUGGUGGGCAAUAACCUUAAGGAUACACAAUUACAGCAGAUCGUAGAUAAAACAAUUUGUUUUGCCGAUAAGGAUGAGGAUGGUAAAAUAUCCUUUGAUGAAUUCUGUUCGGUGGUCGGUAAUACAGAUAUACACAAAAAAAUGGUUGUUGACGUUUAAAAGAAUUAAAAAUAUAGAAGCAAAACCAACAAGUAAUCAUCGUUAAUCUCUAAUCUCCCUGUCUCUCUUUUUCCUCCCCCCCAAAAAACAAAAAAAGCCAACAAAUACACACAC